AAACCCUAAGAACAAAAUUAUCACCAAACAAAACCCUUAUUAAACCCCUUAAAAAGGAAGAAGUGAGAAUUUUAUUAUAAAUAAUUAUAGGUUCCAAAUUGCAAUCAAUCUUCUUCUGUAGAUUAUUACAUAAUAGUAAUAAGAAAAUGGCGGCCACAGCAGCAACUAUGUUUCUCACCAAUUCAUCGUCUUCUUCAUCUCGUCUUCUUAAAUUCAAUACCACUAAACAUCCAAACACUAUUUUACAUUUUCGGCCCUCCAUUUCUCUUCAGUUUCGUAUUUCAAACCCUAAAUUUCCCAAAUCCAUCUGUUCAUCCUCAUCAGCUACCACUGCUGUGGAGGUAAAUAAUGAGACUUCUGCGACGGUUAUUGAUGGGAAACGUGUUGCAAAGGACAUACGAGAAGAAGUUGCUGUUGAAAUUUCUAGAAUGAAGGACGAGAUUGGGAUUGUUCCUGGGUUAGCCGUUAUUCUAGUUGGAGACAGAAAGGAUUCUGCGACUUACGUACGUAACAAAAAGAAAGCAUGUGAUACCGUGGGAAUCAAUUCUUAUGAAGUGCGGUUGGCUGAGGAUUGCACUGAAGAAGAAGUUCUUAAGCACAUCUCAGAGUUCAAUGAUGACCCGUCUGUUCAUGGAAUACUUGUUCAGUUACCUCUGCCUUCUCAUAUAAAUGAGCAGAACAUCUUAAACGCUGUUUGCAUUGAAAAAGAUGUUGACGGAUUCCACCCUUUGAAUAUUGGCCGUCUAGCCAUGCGAGGGAGAGAACCAUUGUUUGUUCCCUGCACACCUAAAGGGUGCAUCGAGUUGUUGCAUAGAUAUGACAUCCCCAUCAAAGGGAAGAGGGCGGUGGUGAUUGGUAGGAGCAACAUUGUCGGGAUGCCCGCUGCUCUUUUACUUCAGAGAGAAGAUGCUACUGUUACUAUUGUCCACUCAAGAACAAAGAAUCCAGAGGAGAUCACUAGACAAGCUGAUAUCAUUAUAUCAGCAGUCGGACAACCAAAUAUGGUCAGGGGUAGCUGGGUGAAACCUGGUGCUGUUUUAAUUGACGUUGGAAUCAAUCCUAUUGAGGAUCCAGAAUGUCCUAGAGGAUAUCGGUUGGUGGGGGACAUCUGUUAUGAAGAAGCAAGCAAGGUUGCUUCAGCAAUAACUCCGGUUCCUGGCGGAGUUGGCCCAAUGACAAUAGCUAUGCUUCUCUCCAACACCCUUUUAUCUGCCAAAAGAAUUCAUAACUUCAGGUAAUCUGUCUUUGUACUCUAACAGAGAUGAUGUCUCUAUGUUCAGCCGUGUCUGAUGCUGAUGUUGGGCUUUAGAAUCACCCCGUUGACACCCUUUCAAGAGGAUGUUGAGAGAUAAAGAGAGAAAGAUGUAAUAUCGUUUGUUUUGGUUUUAAGAUUUGUUAGAUAUAGUCUUCGACUUUGCAUGAGAACUGUGCUGGUUUCUUUCAUUGUGCAAGCAAGAAAUACACAUCUGAAGUAGAAUUCGGGGGUUUUGACCCAUCUAUUUAGAGUAA